AGAACAGUCCGUAUUAUCGUACAUUACUGAAAUAAGAGGAUAGAUGCUAGUUUAAAAGACCACGUGGAGAGUAUUAGCGGCACUGCCGAAGAUCCCUGAUCUCUAUCUAUAUAGAGAGUAAGGUCGGUAGGCAGAUAAGUAGUACUGGCUGAACUUUGGACAGAAUCGGCAUGGGAGGCAGCAGACUGGAUGACCAAUCUACCGACUCCAGCGAUACGGAGGACCUACCCAGCUGUGCCUUCCUGAACCUCCGACCUAACCAGUCAGCUCCUUCUCGAGCAAAGCAGACGGAUGUUACUGCUCCGCUGCCCCACGCCUCCUGCCCAGAACCCUACACAGAGGGAUUAGGCAAACCCAGGGAUGUAGUGAUGAUCAGCAGUGAGAGUGAUGAAGAAGAGAUCACCGUUCCCCUUGCUAUAAGACUAAAGCAGCGCUUGGCAGGCUCGACGUCAUCUGUCCCUGCUGUGACACCCCCUCUCCCAGCCUCCGUGUUCCAGGCUGGCAGCUCAGUUCUGCGGCAUCGAGCCAAAGCAGACUCCGGUUCAGUCAGCCAACACCGUGCCCUGCUCCCUCUCCGCUCCGAAGAAUGCGGAAAAGCCCCGGACUUCACACGGGUCGCCGUGGGCUCCUCAGCCUCCGGAUCAUUGGAGGAACCCGGAGCACUGACGGACAUUGGCGGCUCUUCUUCGGCUGGGGGGGCCACCAAGCGCAGUGCGACGGCGAUCAGGGCAUCGAGGGAGGAUGCCCUGAAGAGGAGGGAGGCCCGGGAGAAGAAUCAGGCUGUCCGCAAACUCGAGCUGGAGAGGCAGAGAGCUGAGAAGAAGGCUUUCGCUGAUGCUGUUAAGGCUCUACGGCCAGAAGAGUGUAUCAAACACAUGGUGGUGUGUGUGGAUCCAGCUCUGCUGCAGCUCGAGGGUGGGGGGGCGCUCCUGACAUCACUCCAGGCACUGGGUUGCAGUUGCGCUAUUGAGAGACGGGCCCUUCCCAGAAGCAUCACAUGGGCUAGGAGGGCCCCGGAACCACAGAUUGGCGAGGCGCGGUGUGUCCCAGAAUCCCAUGUGGUGAUUCACGUGCCACUCAGUGAUUUCAUCACAAUGGUCAGCAACUACAGUCAGGAACAGAGAGGUUUUUUUGACAAUAGCCAGACUCUGACUGGAUGGACAAGCAGAGUCCUGGCUCAGAGUUCAGGCCAAAUGCCCAGUCUGGCUGUCAUCGGCAUAGAAGACUACUUCCGGUCACAGAAGGCGCAGAGCCAGAAGAAGUAUCGUGAGGCCGUGCUGGGGAAUGAAGCAGUGGCUGCUCUCGGGAAAGCCAGGAAGCGGAAGGAGGCGGGAGAGAAGCUUCCGGAGAUCUCCCAUGUUGUGCUGGAGGAGGCCCUGGUGGACCUGCAGUUACACACAGGGGUCCAAGUGCACUUCCUGGCAAGCUGGAAGGACUUCUCCGAUUAUAUCGCCAUGUCAACCAAAGCAGUGGCAGAGGCACCGUUUAAACGGGAGCGGGAGCAGACAGGCUUCAGCUUCUGCCUGGAGAGCGAGUGGGCGGGAGGUCAGCGGGUGGACAGGGACGGCAAGGGCCUGCUGCAGGUGUGGAGACGGCAGAUCCAGCAGCUGAAUCGGGUCAGCCCUGACAUAGCCAACGCCAUUCUCGCUGCCUACCCUUCCCCGCAGCUGCUAGCUCAGGCGUACGCCGGGUGCUGCUCCGAGCGUGAGAAACUGUCCCUCCUUUCGGACUUGCUGAUUCGCCGCGGGGAGGGUGUGACCUCUACGACUCGCAGGGUUGGUCCAGAGCUCUCGAAGCGCCUCUUUCUGCUAAUGACAUCAUCAAACCCCCAUCAGACUCUUGACUCCAAGGGCUGAGUGCAGCUGGAUACCUGGGAGGGGAGAAGGGAGCUUCAGAUAUUAUAAAUGUAAAAAACGUGCAGCUGAAUCUGCUGUCUGGCCUUUCAAGUAGCAUUUUUCCUGUUGUUCUGCAUUGAUUUUUUUUAUUAAAGUAUAUUAUUGAAAGUC